AUGGCAAGCAGAAUUACUCUUUCUUGCGUAGUAUCCAACUUUCUCAUCUCUCGCCUCCAGUGCCACUUUCUAGGGGAUCGGGGCAUCGUUGAUCACACAUUGGUUAAAGCAAAGCGUCGCACGGAUAUCCUGGAGGAAUUAUUGGAGUUGUUUACAGGGGUAUUUGAGAAUUCCAACUCCGAGCAUGGCCAAUGCUGGGCAAUAUUACCUGUUGACGCGCACCUUGGAUUCUAUAAAUACUAG